AUGUCCUGGACUCAAUGCAACUACAUACGACCUUCUACUUGGAAGUGGAACGUGGGAGAUCUGGUCUAUAUUCAAGGCCCACAUUAUGGUUUCGCCUUCAAGCCUACUUCGGUUUCUAAUGGCUUCAAUGCAUUGGUAUCUAACACCACACCUUUGACGUUUCGAUCAUUUAGAUCAGAUGGACAUAUGGAUAUGGAUAAAUCUUUGGAGGAGUAUAGAGACGCCAUGAUGAAAGCCUUCAAAGAGCCUCUCUCACAUCGAGAUAUUUCUGACAUAUGGGACAAUCUGCGAGGACGUCCUACAGACCUUUGCGGUGCAGGAAAAUCGACCAUUACAUGGGAUGAAGUAUGGAAGUCUUUAGUGGAUGUUUAUGGAUUAUAUUGUUUAAUGAAAGCAGUAAUUGCAGCCACAAAAGCAUGUGAUAAAGGGGCCAUGCGCCAAAGCGAGAUUCUACGCCUGAAAUUCUGGUCCCACCGCAAUAUUGCGAGCAAUACGUUGGGUUAA